UUUGCCCUUUCUCAGUGCUAUUUACGUGCAACGAUAACGCCUUUCUCUUUAGCUUGUCUAUCGGUGACUCCACUUUUGCUGCUGCUGCGGGUUGUCUCACAUGGGGCGCAAAUUCGGGUUACUAUGGUCAAAGACCCGUUUACCUCUUGAGCACUCCGUGCAUAAUGUUAGGAUCCCUCAGAGUAGCUUUCUCCAUGACCGUUCAACAGCUUCUAUUCUGGCGCUUCGUCCAGUCGUUCGGUGCAGGAGCAGGCCUUUCAGUUGGAAUCGCUGUUAUCAGCGAUGUCUUUAAAGUGGAGGAAAGAGGUACUGCGAUGGGUAUUUCUAUGGCUGCUCAGCUCAUCGGUCCUGCUAUCGGUCCUGUGUAUGGAGGUUUCGCAACGCACGAUGCUUCGUGGCGCGUCAUGCAAUAUGCCUUUGCUAUAGCCUCCACCGCCUCCUUCCUCCCCAUCCUCGCUCUUUCCCAGAGGCAAGUCACCCGAACACCCUCCGGCUUCUGCAGAGCCCAAAUAGUGUUAAUAAUCUGUGCCAUCGGGGCUAUCACGUUGAUCACGGACUUUGCACUUUGGGUACCUCUGCCGUUCACUGUCGGUGAGCGAUACGGAAUUCACAACGAAGCCUGGGUCGGAGCUUGCUUCUUACCCUCGGGGCUCGGAAAUAUAAUCGGUGCACGCAUUGCCGGGCGCAUCUCUGACAAUAUUGUCAAGCGUAAGCGAGAAAAGGGCGAUGGCGCCUGGACGCCAGAAAACAGACUGCGGGGGAGCGAACUAGGCUCGCUUUUCCUCGUGCCGCUCUCACCUCUCCUUUCCGGGUUCGCGACCAGAUACAUUGUCUUUGUCUUGACGCCUUGCGCCACAUACAUGGUUGACAUCCUCUAUGCUCACAGCGUAGAGGUCGUAGCUGUAGAAGACGGAUUCCGAGCACUCCUUUUGUCGAUCAUCACCACUGCAAUUGUACCUUCCAUAAACACCAUCGCAGUCCUCCCCAUUGACACUCUUACUGCGAUUUUUGCCCUCGUAGCCUAUGGCCUUUUACGUUUCCUCAUCCAUUACGGCGCACGCCUGAGGGCCUGGAAAGACGUUGGUUAUUCAACCGCGAACAACAACUAGACGAAACAAAGAUGUCAUUUGGUAUCAGGAGGAAUCAAAAUCAUACAUCAUACACGAAGCAAAAGUACAACGGAACCGAUUAUUUGAAUCGUAAAAAGGCGUGCCAGCUAGAAGGAUAGAAACAGAUAGAGCAGUGUUGUGAAAUCCACGGAAUAAAAAGAUGAAGGUGUGACACUACAGGCUACAAGCAUACAAUGGCAGAGCAUAUGGCGUCGAAAAUUCAAAACAAACA